AUGAAUGAUCUAUUCGGAUCCGAUGUAUCGCUGUCUUUGGUGGUUGCCACCGGCAUUGUGACUGUGCUGCUGGCAUCAGCCUUGGCGUUCGCAACAAUGAAAACUGGCACUGGCAGUUCCACCAAGAAAUCAGAGGAACCCAAGAAGGAAGCCCCAGGCCCAGUCGAUAGAGAGAAAUUCCCAGGCGGUGAAAUCACAGUCCUGUAUGGAACACAGACCGGGACAGCCGAGUCCUUUGCUCGUCUGAUCGAGAGGGAGGGAGCUGAGCAUGGAUUCUUUGUCCAUGUUAUCGAUAUGGAGGACAUUCAAGUGGAAGAAAUGCUGGACGAUCGCUACAAAGACAAAGAAUCUGGAAAUGCCAGAUUCUUCUUCAUCACAUCCACUUAUGGAGAAGGCGAACCCACCGACAACACUGUAGACUGUGUGGCAAAACUCAGAGAAAUGGCAAAUAUAGAGGUGAUAUUCGAGGAGAAAAAGGACGCAGAGCCGGUGGAAGAACAAAAGUUGGCUGGAAUAGAAUAUGGUGUCUUUGGAUUGGGAAAUCGAGAGUAUGAGCACUACAACGCCAUUGGAAAAUUCUUUGAUUACGCUAUGGAACGAGUUGGAGCAUCUCGUGUCGUCGAGCUUGGACUGGGUGAUGAUUGCCAGGAUUUGGAAGGCGACUUUGAAACUUGGAAAGAUACCAAAUUUUGGCCCACGCUGAAAAAGCUAUACAUUCGCGACGCAGCUGCACUCAAUCGUUUGGAGGCGGCUCCGCACGAGGAACUCCCAUCUUGCUCCUACGCCAUCGAGGUAUACUCCAACCCGCAAGAUGCCGUCGACACUCCACUGGAAAAAGUUCAUGGUUCCUCUCGUCAUUACUUCUCUUCGGAGGAUUGCCCAAUCAGCACUAUUCGAGAGCUACGUUCGAAGGAUGAUCCGGGAUCCACCGUUCACAUCGAAAUUGACGUUUCAAAAGCAGGAAACAUCGAUUAUCGUACUGCCGACAACCUGGGCGUUUUGCCUGUCAACCAACCUGCUGUGGUGGAGAAUGUGGCUCACAGUCUGGGCUAUGACUUGAACAAGAUUUUUUCGCUCAAGGCUGCCGAAGGUCACGAAUGGCAUGGAGAACCCUUCCCCAUGCCCAUUUCGGUUCGGGAAUGUCUUACUCGAUAUUGCGAUCUGACAUCGGCGCCUCGUAGGUCCGACUUGAAACGACUUUCGGCGUAUGCACAGGAUCCCGUGGAUAAAAAAGCGCUCUUGAGAAUGUCAUCCAAAGACGGAAAAGCUGAGUAUCGAGAGAAAAUUACGUAUGCACACUUUGGACUUGUCGAUGUUCUCAAAAUGUGCCCGUCGAUCUCGGCACCCUUGGAACACUUUUUGAGUUUCUGUCCCUUGUUGCAAACACGAUUCUAUACAAUCAGCUCCUCUUCAGUGGUUCAUCCAAAAUCCAUUCAUCUGACUGUCUCCGUGACAGAGGCAGCCAGGAAGGAUGGAACCGUCUUCAAAGGUGUCUGCUCCAGUCAUCUCGCUGGUCUCAAACCAGGCGAUACUGUACGUGUCUUCAAUAGAAGUUCCACGUUCCGACUGCCAAAGGACACAUCAAUUCCUGUUAUCAUGGUGGGUCCUGGAACUGGAAUCGCACCUUUCAGAGGGAUGUUGCAGGAAAGGGACCACCAGAAGAAUGUCAAAAAGGAAAAUGUGGGCACCGGUGUUCUCUACUUUGGAUGUAAGAAACGGAACCUUGACUACCUCUACGAAGACGAGUUGGCUUCAUUCCGAAAGAGUGGCGCCCUGACCACUUUGCAUCUGGCGUUUAGUCGAGAGCAAAGUGAAAAGGUCUACGUGCAAAACCUUCUUAGCAAGAACGCCAAGGACACCUGGGCCUUGAUUCAACAAGGAGCGCAUAUCUAUGUGUGUGGUGGUGUGAAGAUGGGCAAUGAUGUAAAUGAUGCUUUCAAGCAUAUUGCGAGUGAAGAGGGCAACAUGGCAGUCGAGGAAGCAAAGGAAUUCAUAUCCAAGCUGGCCAAGGAGGGCAGAUACGUGCAAGAGCUAUGGGCGUAGCCAAGAACUCCAACCUAGCUUGAUAGUCAAAACUCACCAUCAAGCAACAGUGGUGAUAGUUCGACCUCCUUCCGCCUUAAGACAUGUAUAGAACGCGGUUUCGCUGCGUUUGCGUAGCCUCAUAACAAAAGGUAGCAUCAAGUAAAUUUUCCAUCGUGACGCUGAUCUGCACAACGACACUUGGUACCGGUAGCUGCUCGCACCGGUGGGUUUCUUUGCUGGUCGUCUGGCAGGACUACUUUGGUGGUACGGAGACACGUCCCCUUCUUCAAGAAUGGUUUCGUGUGGCUGCUCUGGAUUGAAUGAAUCGGGUGAUGGGCAUUUUGGAAGUCCACUCGCGCAAGCUCUAUUUCUUGAGCUGAAACCUUUCAUCUCGGCAGGGCAAUGGCUUUUGUGAGGGUUCGUGUGUGUUGCGCCUUCCGCUGAAUGAUGGAGCUGCAGACCCAACGAUGAAGGGAUGCUAUACAGCUACUCUCAUGUCCAGAACUGGUCCUGACGAGCGCCAGGCCAAGAUGCUAUUGCCCUGAACGAACUGGUGUUCCCAGUCAAACGUUUACCCAAGCUGACAAUGGAUGGUUCUGUCUAUUCUUGAAGGCCGGCUGCCCUUUGAUGUGCAGCUGCCUGCACAUUGUUCUCGUCUCGUAUCAAUUCACCCUUCAUGUCAUUUCAUCUACCGGUAUCGUACUAGUACUUGGCUCCCAGCAAUGACUUGGAGGGCACUGCAAGCUCCGCUGUCACCUAAGGAGAGGAUCGAUUGAGCAGUGGAGAAGUAACAUAUUCCGUGCUAGCAACUAGGUGCUGGGUGGCUGAGGGUAGCUCCAGCUUUGGCAACUCAUGAUACCCAAACCCUCACAGGAACGGUGGAGAUCAGCGAACAACAAACAUGCCGCACGGUACGGUGACCCACCAGUUGUCACCGUUGUGUCUCGAAAGAGCUAGCUACUAGCUAGACUUGCCACAAGCUACGGAGCCAUCAUGCUGAACGAGGAGGUACAUGUCGUCAAAACUCGGGGGAGGCGUGAGGAGCUUGGGAGACCCAGCCAAGGGAAGGCAACAUGUACCUCGCUUUGAAGACUGUGCCCUGGUACCAUGUGGCUCAUAGGCCUGCAGCAUCUACUAUCCUACCGUACCGGUACGUCGUAGGAAGCUCGACAGGGUGACCAAGUGGGCAAUUUGCAAGGCAAUCUAGCUACAUGUAUAUGGAAAUGCUGUCCAACGAGUUCCAGCCGAACCUGUUCCCUCUAAAUAAGCAUUCUUUUCAUUGAGACAACACACGCAGUUCUUCGAUUGGAACGAGCUUUUUUGGAACGAGUAGACUGAUCAUGACACUAAUUGUUUUGUUUUUGAAUGGUACCACUGCACUAAGUCUUGUAGUAUUUUAGUUGACAGCAGCAGCAGCCCUGGCAGCCUGUAAGGCCUGGACACGAGCCCAAGCGUCACGUCGCUUUUGUCCCUUGGAUUUCUUUUGGACCUUUGGAGGUUCGAUGGACUUUUGAAGGGAGGCGACAAUCUCCGUCAUUCGCUCCAUAUCUUCGUCAUACUUUUUGUAGAAGCGGUUGUAGGCUUCCAACCAGUCGCCUUCAAGCUGAGCUUCAGCUUCUUCUCUGGAGAGAUGUCUGAUCUCACUCCAUUUGUCGCUGAUCUUUUUGAUUUCGAGCUGAUCUACCGUCAUGUCCUCUUCAGGAAUGAAAGCAGCCAGAGCAGUACGCCUGGCUGGUGUUGCAGGGACAACCGCUGAAGGUGGGGGAGGGUGGCGACGAAAAGGGCAAGAACGACAACAAGUCAGUGCGAAAGUAGAGUUGGAAUUUUUGGUAGUACCCGGGGAAGAAUUCUCAGUUGGGUAACAAUCCAGAUUAAAAUUCGCAUCUUGAUGGUCCAAUCUUACCGAAGGAGGAGGCACCCACAAGCAGCGAGGACAACAGCAGAGCAGUCUUCAUCGUCAAGUUGUUUCUGUUGUUUCCUGAAGAUGAUGGCUGUGUCAAAAACUAGCUUCUACUAGUAGCAAUCGAACGCUAUUGCCAUCCACAGCUCGUCGAUGGCUCGUCAAGUCUGUCCUCAAGUUGUUGUUUGUUAGGAAUUCUCAGAUGCCUCUCUUCGGCAAAAAGUACAGUGCUUUGGAAUGGAAUUUGGAAUUUCAAGUUGGGAUUAGAUUUGCGCCCUUGGACCGACCCUCACUGACGUACUU